ACUGGUUUAGUCCAAGUCGACGACUUAAACGAAAAUACGAAAACGUUUCUGAAUUUUCCUCUAUAUUACCAUCUGAAGAUUGCCGUCGCAGGUGCCCGGUAGUCUGCUUCUCCGGCGCUUCGCACGAUUCAAUUGGUCCAUAAAUUGAUUUUGUGUGGUUUAGAGAAAGAGGCAGAAGGGAACCAGGCCCGGCGUCGCGUUGGAUCGGAAAUAAUGAUUACGCGAUCGAAUUUGGCGGAGCAGCUGAGGGAGUAUCAGAUUCGUUCUAAGCAUGAUUGGGCUUCCGUUUCCUUUUUCUCCUCAACAUCAUCCAACCUCGCUUCUUCAAGGGUUGAUGUCACAAUCUUUGUUAUAUGGGAACUUGUCGUACUGGCAUUCCUUGUUUUUUCAGCCGUUUCCUUGUAUUUUAGGCAUGUGAGGCUUGCUAUUAUUCUUAUAUCCUUUACUAUGCUGUUUCUUUUAGCAAUGAAAGUUACUAAGAAAGUAAGACUUGCUCGAAAGAAGAAGCGAAGGAUGCUUCUUCCUUUAUCUAUGUAAUGGGUAAUUUUUUCCUUUUCUCGGAUAUACUGUAUCUGAAAUAGUAUGUCAUGCUAGAUCAAACUUUGUAAAUUUCCAAACUUGGGGAUAUUUUUUUGUUAUUAAAUCAAAGGUAUGCUUUAAGGAUUGUUUA